GGAUCACCUCUUUCAUUUACUGUUGUCAUUGUCAGUCAUUUAUUUGCCAGUUUUAUUAUUUUAUUUUCAGUUCUCAUCAGGUUAGCUAAUCAGACCCACCACAUGUUUGUAGAAUUGCAAUCCUCUUGGUCUUGGAGGAUAAUUGGCCACUCGAAAAUUGGUGGCUCCUGUAGCUCGAUUGUGCUGCAAAAUCCUAUUUAUCAGAAACUUUGUUUGCAAGCAAGUUUCUGCUUUUAUCUCGUUUUUAUGUGAAGAUAAUGCCAUUGAGGAAUAAAAAUCCUGUCUUGUGUCAUUUCAUAUCCUAGGAAAGGAAAAACCUUUUUACUUGUGAUUGUAUGGAUUCUUGGACUGAAGCAUGAGAUAUGGGGUUGAAGGGAGAUGAGGGAAAGCCUUCUGUUUUUAUUAGUCUAUGAGUGGAAAACACAGUAUUUUCCAUCAACAGUGCCUACAUGAUUGUCAGGUUAGGCUUUGUUGUUGCUGCUUCUAUUGCAGCAUAUGCAGUUAAGCAGGUUAGUGUCAAGAACUCGAGGCCACCGGACAAUUCUAAGAAGCGCCAAGAAAAUGAUGAAGCAUCCCUUGACAAGUCUUGGAAUGAAGGGGGAGAAAAGGAGCAUGUUGUGUAUUCAGACAGAGAUUUUAAAGAGGGAGAAGAGGAAGAAGAAGAGGAUAAAGAGGAGGUGAAGUUGAUCAACAGCAUUAUAAAUCCUGCUUUAAGCAGCCCUCCUGAUUUUGAGGAUGAGUAUUUGCCAGAGUUUGAUAGUCUUUUGUCUGGAGAGAUUGAUUUCCCAUUGCCUACAGACAAGUAUGACACGGCUGCUAAUCUCAAGGCAGAGAAAGACAGGGUCUACGAGAGUGAGAUGGCGAACAAUGCCACUGAGCUGGAGAGAUUGCGUGAUCUGGUGAAAGAGUUGGAGGAGAGGGAGGUGAAGCUCGAAGGGGAGCUGCUCGAGUACUACGGACUGAAGGAGCAAGAGUCGAGCAUCUCUGAGCUGCAGAAGCAGCUCAAGAUCAAGACAGUGGAGAUUGACAUGCUCAAUAUAACCAUAAACUCUUUGCAGGCUGAGAGGAAGAAACUCCAAGAGGAGCUGUCUCAGGGAGUGGCUGCUCGGAAAGAGCUGGAUAUGGCGAGGAGGAAGAUAAAGGAACUGCAGAAGCAGAUUCAGCUUGAAGCCAACCAGACAAAAGGCCAGCUCUUGCUGCUGAAGCAGCAAGUUAGCAGCCUUCAAAGCAAAGAGCAGGAAAGUGCAGAAGUCGAUAAGAAGCUUAAAGCUGUCAAGGAGUUGGAGGUCGAGGUGAUGGAGCUUAAGAGGAAGAACAAAGAGCUUCAGCAUGAAAAGAGGGAACUAAUAGUUAAACUGGAUUCUGCUGAAUCCAAAGUUAGAACUCUUUCCAACAUUACUGAGACAGAAAUGGUGGCCAAGGUGAGAGAAGAGGUGAAUGAAAUGAAGCAUGCAAAUGAGGACCUUGUUAGGCAAGUGGAAGGGCUUCAAAUGAAUAGGUUCAGUGAAGUUGAAGAGCUGGUGUAUCUUCGUUGGGUGAACGCUUGUCUAAGGUUUGAGCUGCGAAACUACCAAACACCUUCUGGGAAAGUGUCAGCUCGUGAUCUUAGUAAAAGUUUGAGCCCUAGAUCCCAAGAGAAAGCUAAACAGCUCAUGUUGGAGUAUGCAGGAUCAGAGCGAGGAGGAGGGGACACGGAUAUGGAGAGCAACUUCGACAAUACCUCUGUUGACAGUGAGGAUUUCGAUAAUAUGUCUAUUGAUAGUUCCACGAGCAGAUUCAGCAGUAUUAGCAAGAAGCCUGGUUUGAUCCAGAAGCUGAAGAGGUGGGGAAAGAGAGACGACUCAAGUGCUCUCUCCUCUCCUGCUCGAUCUUUUGCAGGUGGAUCACCGGGCAGGAGCCUCAAACCUAGGGGGCCCCUUGAAGCUCUAAUGCUAAGAAAUGCAGGAGAUGGCAUUGCCAUCACUAGCUUUGGUACUGGGGAGAAUGAUGAGUUCGAUUCCCCUGAAACCACAAAACUGCCUCCUAGUGAUUCACUCAACAAUGUAGCAUCAUCUUUCCAUUUGAUGUCCAAAUCAGUUGAAGGCGUGCUAGACGAGAAGUACCCUGCAUACAAGGACCGGCACAAGCUGGCAUUGGAGAGAGAGAAACACAUCAAAGAGAAAGCUCAGCAAGCAAGAGCUGUGAAAUUUGGUGACCCUUUGAGGGUGGAUAGUAAAUCUGUGUCUCUGCCCCCAAAACUUGCGCUUAUAAAAGAGAAACCUAUUAUCUCUGCAAGCUCAAAUGAUCAGUCCAGUGAUGGCAAAACCGAUUCUCCGAUAGUCAGCAAAAUGCAGCUUGUGGAGAUUGAGAAACGCCCUGCAAGAACUCCUCGACCACCCCCUAAGGCAUCAGGAGGGGCCUCAGGUAACACUAACACUAAUGUUCCAAGUCGGGCCCCAGGUGGUCCCCCUCUACCACCUCCCACUCCGGGUGCACCUCCGCCUCCACCCCCACCCGGUGGGGCUCCUCGCCCUCCGCCUCCACCAGGAAGUCUGCCCCCAAGAGGAGCCAGUGAUAAAGUUCACCGGGCUCCUGAGCUAGUUGAGUUCUACCAGUCAUUGAUGAAACGUGAGGCGAAGAAUACAAACGCCUUGAUCUCUACAUCAUCAAACACCUCAGAAGCAAGAAGCAACAUGAUUGGGGAGAUUGAGAACAGAUCAUCCUUCCUGCUAGCUGUUAAAGCUGAUGUGGAAACCCAAGGUGAAUUUGUUCAGUCAUUGGCUUCUGAAGUCAGAGCAGCUUCUUUUACAAACGUAGAUGAUUUGCUGGCAUUCGUGAACUGGCUAGACGAGGAGCUCUCCUUCUUGGUUGAUGAGCGCGCAGUCCUCAAGCACUUCGACUGGCCAGAGGGGAAAGCAGACGCGUUAAGAGAGGCAGCCUUCGAGUAUCAGGACCUCAAUAAACUGGAGAGGCUCGUUGCAACAUUCACAGAUGAUGAGAAUCUUCCUUGUGACGCUGCUCUGAAGAAGAUGUAUAAGUUGCUCGAAAAAGUGGAGAAUGGCGUCUAUGCCUUGCUACGAACACGAGACAUGGCCGUUUCACGAUACAAAGAAUUUGGCAUUCCAGUGGACUGGCUUCUUGAUUCCGGAGUAGUAGGCAAGAUCAAGCUGUCAUCUGUUCAACUAGCUCGGAAAUACAUGAAGCGCGUUGCAACAGAGCUCGAUGCAAUGAAUGAACCAGAGAAAGAGCCUAACAAGGAAUUCUUGCUCCUACAAGGAGUCCGGUUUGCUUUCAGAGUGCAUCAGUUUGCGGGAGGGUUCGAUGCAGAGAGCAUGAAGGCUUUUGAAGAGCUGAGAAGCCGCGCUAAUACUACCACAGCAGAGAAUAAACAAGAAGAAUAAAUCUACUUUUUUUUAUAAAAAAAAAAGCUCAUUGUACAUUAAUUUAACAUCUGUAAGAACACAAUUUUUUAGUUAGAUCAGUUAUAUAAAGAUUAUAGCCUGUUUCAUGCAUAUAUGAAGAAGAGGAAGAACAAUGAGGCAUGAUAUCAUGUGAAUUUUGCGUAUUUACGUAAGUAUGAUUUCUAGUCAA